GUAAACCGGGACGUAUAAGACACUUUCGAUGCGAUUUUAGGAGGCACCGUUUCCAUUUUUGCCUUCCGUAGAGACGAUUGUGCCGCCGUUUAAUUUUUUAAAGGUGUGCACCGAGGGCUUACUUACUGGCCUCUUGAGAGAAAGCUGGGAAAGAGAAGUCUAGACCAAGUGCCGACGGUCAACAUGCUUGUGUUCUACGGGUGGAAACUGCACUGCUAAUUGCGAGGUUAGAGCUCAACGACGUCCGCCGGGAUAUUAAUUAAUCACGGUCUGGCCUGUCGCGCACACCCACUCGCCACGCACCCACGAACUCCCCCGGCGCGAGAUAGCGGGAGCGGAAAACAGGAAAGCGGAAGAAGGCGAAAAGGAUUGGGAAGCGAAAAGGUGCUGGAACAAAAAUUAACAACGCGCCAGAAGGAUUAACCCGCAGAGGGUGACAAGGGCGGAAAAAUACGUGACACGCAGCGACGCGAGUAAACACACCGCAAUCGUGGUCAGGGGUUAAGGGUCAGAGCAGCAGACUGCGAACAAAGAAUUGCGGACAGAGCGAGAUUAACGCGGUCUGCUCUCUUCAGUCCACCAUAAGGACGGGCACGUGCCCAGGAUUAGAAACCCGCAACGGAGUCUCGGCCCGAAGAUGGCCAACACACAGCUCACAGUGCGGUGGGCGGUGCUCGUGGCGGCGAUGGUGAUGCAUCUGGCCCAAAUGACCACUGGGAUCGACUGGAUGCAGAACUGCAGCCCGUGCCACUGCCACUGGAACUCGGGGAAGAAGAGCGCCGACUGCAGGAACAAGGCGCUGACUAAAAUACCGCAGGAGCUCAGCAACGAGAUGCAGGUUGUAGACUUUGCCUACAACCAGAUUGCAGAGCUGAGGCGCGAGGAGUUCCUGCUUGCCGGACUUCCGCACGUCCACAAGCUGUUUCUGCGCAACUGCACCAUCCAGGAGGUGCAUCGCGACGCCUUCAAGGGCUUGCAAAUCCUCAUUGAGCUGGACAUGUCCUACAACAACAUUCGCGAGCUGCGCCCGGGCACCUUCACGGGCCUCGAGAAGCUGCGUAACGUAAUCAUCAACUACAACGAGAUCGAGGUUCUGCCCAACAACCUCUUCGUCAACCUGAGCUUCCUCUCGCGCAUUGAGUUCCGCAACAACAGGCUGCACCAAGUGCAGCUGCACGUCUUCGCCGGCACGGUGGCCCUCAGCGCCAUCUCCUUGGAGCAGAAUCGGCUCACCCAUUUGCACAAGGACACGUUCAAGGACCUCCAGAAGCUGAACCAUCUGUCGCUGCAGGGCAAUGCCUGGAACUGUAGCUGCGAGCUUCAGGAGUUCCGGGACUACGCCAUCAGCAAGCGGUUAUACACGCCGCCCACCGACUGCCAGGAGCCGCCGCAACUGCGGGGCAAGCUAUGGAGCGAGGUGCCGUCUGAAAACUUUGCCUGCCGGCCGCGUAUCCUGGGCUCUGUACGCUCCUUCAUUGAGGCAAAUCACGACAACAUCACCCUGCCUUGUCGCAUUGUGGGCAGCCCGCGCCCGAACAUCACCUGGGUGUACAACAAGCGUCCGCUGCACCACGACGGCCGUGUGCGUGUCCUCACCUCCGUGGAGCAGCCCUCCCAGGCGACCACUUCAGAGCUGCGCAUCUUCGGCGUUCGUCCCUCCGAUAAGGGCGCCUACACCUGUGUGGCAGAGAACAGGGGCGGGCGAGCUGAGGCCGAGUUUCAGCUCCUCGUCAGCGGCGACUACGUGGGCGCCGGGCCCGACUCCGACGGCAUGGGCCGCCUGGGAAUGGGCCUCGGUGGGGCCAUAGGGGCGCCGACCAACGAUCCCCAGACAAACGUCUUCCUAAUCAUCUGUCUGAUCACCACCACUGUUCUCCUGCUGCUGAUCGUCGUAGUCCUAACUCUCUUCUGGUAUUGUCGGAAGAUCAAGACCUACCAAAAGGACACCACCAUCAUGAGCGGCGACGGCCUAAUCUCCGCAAAGCUCGAUAAGACCCACAACGGCUCCAUGCUCGAGGGCUCCGUCAUCAUGGAAAUGCAGAAGAGCCUCCUCAACGAGGUCAAUCCGGUUGAGAAGCCGCCGCGGCGCACGGACAUGGAGAGCAUCGACGGCGGCGAUGAUGGACACGAGAUCAAGAAGACACUACUCGACGAAACGGCCUACGUAGCCAAUCUCAUGCCAGACGAUGAAACCCACUCGGUAGCUCUCUCGGACACAACGGCCACGCCCCGGACGCGGCACACCUACGUGGACGACGCCUACGGAAACAGCCUGCCGCCGGACCUGCUGGCAUUCCCCGCUCGCGUUCCGCCUACCUCGCCUUCCAUGCAGUCCUCGCAGUCGAACAUCCUCGACCAGGUGAUCUACGGCAUCCGAUCCCCACCAUCCGUUACCAGCCCGGUCUACACACACAUGACGCCGCACGGCAUCUACGGCACCACCACGAUGGCAGGACACGGCCCCUACAACGGCUUCAUGACGCUGCAGCACCCAAAGUCACGCAACCUGGCGCUAAUCGCCACCGCCAACAGCAGUCGCCUGCAGCAGCAGCAGCAACAGAACCUCCAACAACAGCUCCAGCAGCAACAGCAACAGCAGCAGCACCCGAUGGCAGCGACCUCGCCUUUCCUGCCCGCUCCCGUCGUCUACAGCCCUGCCUCGACCGUGGUGAUGAAGCAGGGCUACAUGACUAUUCCGCGCAAGCCGCGCGCGCCCAGUUGGGCGCCUAGCACAUCAGGAGCCGCCAGCCACACUGUUGGCCAGUUGAGCGACUUCCAAAGUCCAACGUCGCCGAAUCCCAGCGAGACCGGCACGGCCACCACCGCGGAGCUGCAGACGGAGCCAGUCUAUGACAACCUGGGACUCCGCACCACCGCCGGCGGCAACUCGACGCUCAACUUGUCCAAAGUGUCUGGCGGGCAGGUCAGCCAGGGCGGGCAACAACAGUACUCGAUGCGCGAUCGUCCUCUGCCGGCCACGCCCAGUAUGUCUUCGGUGGCCUCGGCGGGCAACACCAGUAAGAUAUACGAGCCCAUUCACGAGCUAAUCCAGCAGCAGAAACAGCAACAUCACAAGUACGCCUCGGACGUGGAGCCGCUGUACGGUGGAAGGCAGCACGGCAUUACGAUACUGCCCGGAUCAAACAUCAGUGGCGCCGGCCUAGGGCAGUCGUCUUCCUUCUCUCCGACCCGGGGGUGCAGCUCGCCCAUCUGCCACGGAGGCGGCGACUCUCCGAAAGUCGUCAAGAUUCCGCCGCGCCCACCGCCAAAGCCCAAGAAGAAGAUGUCCGUGACGACGACCCGCAGCGGCCUGGGCAGCACUAGCCAGCUGUUUGACGAUGAGGGCGAGGACGGAACCGAGGUUUAGUUUGGCACCGGCGAGCAAGCUUCCACAUCCGGCUGCAGAUGCCCCGAGCCACAAUGGGAUUGGCAUCACUAGCAGCAAUAGCAACAACAUCAGCAACAGAAAUAGCAAUACCAGCUGCAAUAGCAACAGUGAUAGAAGUAACACGAAGCAAUAACACAAAGGAAAGUCAAGCCCCUAGGCGGGAGGUGAUCGAAUGCAGUGGAGCGAUAUUGCUGACGGCAAAAGGAGCAGCUGAAGUUGCAGUUGCAGUGUCUGCUUCUGCUUCUGUUUGAGUUGCAAUGGCAGUUGCUGCUAUGUAAACACGGAGCCGGGAAGGAGCCUCUGCUCUGCCCCGUAAUUCGCGCCACUGCGCGCCACUUGUGUGCCAAACGACUGAUGUAGAUUUUAGUAAUUAAAUCGAUGAACAUGCGAAAAUGGAACGAACCACUAGCGAAGCAACCAUUGACCGCAGGAAGCGCAACAGCAGACAGACACAAACCCAACAGAACGGAAGACACUGUUUUGGUGCGAGAGUCCUUUCCACCACACCAUCUAAUCCCAAUUUGAUGGAAUCGAAGAUCCAAUUGUAAAAACCCAAUUUUAACAGAUGUACCACUACCAUAUUCUUUUUUUUAUUUAGGCUAGUUCGUUUUGGUACAAAAGGCAGCAAUGGUAUAUUAACAGACAUAUACAAAAAAUAUAUAAACCUAAAUAUAUACAUAUAUAUAUAUAUACAAACGAGCAUACUUAUACAAGAUUAUACUAUAUUAAAGAAGUGUUUUAAUUAAAAGAGAGUUUAUUUAACGGAAAAACGAGAUAACAAACGAAACAAAUCGAGCGAUAAAGAAAUCCCACUUAAAUUUUUUUCAAAAUGUUGAAAUUUUUAUAAAAUUGUAAAUUACAAAUGCAUACAGUUAGAAAAAUUAAGCUAUAUAUAAUAUAUAAACAUACAUAUAUACAUAGGCGUAAGUCAUCCAAUUAUAUCUCUAAUCGAUUUUUUUAAUGAAAUCCCUUUAUGAUCCGGGACUUAACUUACAAUACUUCUAAGUACAUGCAAAGCGAGAAUAUAAGUGCGUUAGCCUAGUAACUAAAACCAAGAAUGAUCGAUAGAAUUGAACCUUUAUGUAUACAUGUAGUCCAAUGGGCGGACGCGGAGGCCGAGCUACUGUUCGAUUAAGAUUGUAAUAGUUAAAAAAAAAGAACAAUGAACCCCUUGCAUACGCGUGUGUAUGUCUGUAAAUCUAUGCAUUCAAUUUACACCUAAUAAGCAUCUAAUGUUACGUCAAAAAGACCGAGGCAGAGUUUCAAGGGAGGAAGAAGGAGCGGUCUCGCCCUGAAAACUCUCCUCACCUGCAUUCAAUAUCCAACCUGUUGUACGAGAGCAAUGGGGACAGCAUCUUCGAGCAUUUAACUCCGACAUUCUAUAUACAAACAUGCUAAUGCGAAUAUACACGAUUAUAGGCAAACAAUACAAAAAUCAAGAUCCCAAAAACCUAGCGGAUUAUCGUUAAGUGAUGACAGCCCUCGCUGGAAAAGGUACAUAAUGGAUAAUUUAGUUAGCUUAGCUUUCACGGAAUAGUGACAGGUCCAGCUCCAGUAGAGAAUUCAACCCUACCCAACUCACAUUUACAUUGCCUAACCCGACCUUACCUUACCUUACCAUACAAUACCUUGCCAAACGUAACAUUACCUUACUUCACCUUAGCAACCCUUACUUUAACUAAUUUAGUCGAGUGUUUUCGAGUGCUACCCAUGUUUUUUUUAUAAUUAUAAUGAGUCUAAUAACUGCGAGCAACCCGGCGGCUGGGACUGCAUUUUAAUGAGGUUACACCCGCUUCCCAUGUACUUUUUUACAAUUACAAUAUACACAUAUACUUUUUCCAAAAUAUACAUUUGUGUGCAUUUAUUUUAGGUAAUUAUUUUAGGUUCAUAGGUUUACUUUUUGUGCACUCUAUUAGUACAACACUUGCGAAUCAAAGUCGAUUUUGUUUAUUAGUAUGAUGGUCUUGUUUUAAAUGGAGAUGAUGCGACGCACUAACAGUCGAGACACAUUCAAAGCUCAGUAAUAUAAUUGAUUCUUUUUGUAUACAUACAAGCAUAUAUUUUUAUGAAAUGAAAGUAUAGCCCCAAAGCACUAAGUAGUCUAACUGCCAAGUUAAACAAAUUUAUGUAGUGCAUGUGCGAAGAUGCAA